AUGGAAGACAUAUUAGGCAACUUAACUUAUGCUGACUACAUUGGUAUACUGCCUGAGAGUCCAGACUAUUUGGUGCCUACAAUUCAGCCAACCCAGAUUGUAGCUCUGGUCUUCUAUGGCCUUGUGGUUCUGUUGGGUGUCCCUGGAAAUGCCCUGGUGGUGUGGGUGACUGGGUUUUGCAUGCCCAGGUCUGUCACCUCUAUCUGGUUCCUCAACCUUGCCUUGGCUGAUCUUCUGUGCUGCCUGUCCCUCCCUCUGCUCAUGGUCCCUCUGGCCCAUGAUGACCACUGGCACUUUGGCACACUGGCCUGCACAUUGGUUAAAGGUGUCUUUUACCUGGUGAUGUACUGCAGCAUCUUGCAGCUGGUUUUGAUCAGUCUGGAUCGCUGGAUGCUGGUCAGCAGACAUGUGUGGUGCCAGAACAACAGGCGACCUAAACUGGCUGGCUGCCUGUGUGCUGCUGUCUGGUGCCUGGCCCUGAUAGGCAGCAUCCCCCAGUUUGUCUACACUAAGGAGAUCACAGCAGGUGAGCACAAGCGAGAGUGCGUGAAGGUGUACACCAUAGUCAGUGCCUGGCUCGUCACGUCCUUCCGCUUCCUGAUGGGAUUCUUCCUCCCUUUCCUGGUGAUUGUGGUCUCUCACUGUGUGGUGUAUAGAAGAGCAGAGAGUGGACUAUCACGUGGUCGAACCUGUUCCAAGCGCACACUGAGGGUCAUCAUCGCUGUGGUACUGAGUUUCUUCCUCUGCUGGCUCCCACUGCACAUUGUGGACUUCCUCUUAUUGGUUACCCCUCGAAGGUCCAUUCACAGCCCAAAUCUGUACCUGGCACAAGUGUUAGCGCUCUGCCUGGCAUAUAUCAACAGCUGCAUCAACCCACUCCUCUAUGUGUGUCUUGGCCGAAGCUUCAAGGACAGCAUGACACGCUCCCUGCGCAACAUGCUCAACUUCAUCAGCGAGGAUCCUACAAACAAGAUGAGCGUUGUCACUGCUGACACCAAGAGCAUGAGCAAUGGAAAGGAGAUGACUCAAAUCUGA